AUGACCCCCAAAUCCGAGGCCCAAAAGGUCGAGCGAAAGUACCCGACUCUAUUCACCACGGUCCUAGCGGCAGUUCUGGCCCGCAAUCGAGACCUUAGCAGCCAGGUCGCUUCACUGUCGGCUGAACAGGUUCAGAUGCAAGACAACGCUGCCGCCCGCGAUCAAGAUCUCGAUGACCUCCGCGAGCGCAAUCGAGACCUCAACAGCCAGGUUACGUCACUGUCGACUGGAAAGGUUCGGAUGCAAGAAGCGAUGGCUGAGCAGGACGUCCGGAUGCAAGCGCUCGAGCAAGAGAAAGAAGCCUUGAUCGACGAGAAGAACCAGAACGCGUUCGCCAAUCUCGGCCAGCAACUGACGGAACGCCCCGAACAUAACCUGGCGAUGGAUGGGAUGCUCCAGCAUAGCGCCGCCCUGGUGCGCCGCACGUUGCACGCCGAGAACACGCUUCAGUCCGAGAGGGGAUUGCAUGAAGCGACAGAGGCUGCUUAUCGGAUGGUGCUGGACGAGAACAAGACCAAGACUCGGAAGCGCGGACGUGAGGCUGAAGACAGCCCACAUAGGCGUAGCAAGAAGGUCAAGCACGCGAACCCGUGUUGCAUCGAAUGCUACAAGUCCAAGAUCCACAAGCAGUGCGACGGUGCCUCCCCCUGUUGGCCCUGCAAGCACCUCGGAAAGGUCUGUAAGCGCAUGAGAUGCAAGUACUACAACAACGGCACGUGCCGCAUCGCCAACUGCACCUUGGCCCACAGCGACAGCGGCUUCCCCGAGGGGUCUCUCUCGCCCUUCCAGCAUGUCGCUCAGUCCUCCGAGCCCGCCCCCUUCGUUCCCCCCAAGCCGACUACAAACUGA